AUGUGGGGCAGUUUUUGCCUCAGGAAGGGCAGAGCCAGCGUGUGCCUCUUUUCUCUGCAGGGUAUUGUGACCCCCGAGCCUCUGGGGACAGAGGAGAACGUGGAAAGACUCAGGGAAGAACUGAAGGCAUGGAAGGCAAGAGUUGCAAAAGCUGAAAAUGUAAAAGAUGACCUUCUUCUCUCCAAAGCGUGUGCUGAGGAAGAGUGUGCCAAAGUACAGGAGGAGCUGCUGAAGCUGCAAGACUUGAAGAAUAUUGGUCAGAAGGACAGUAGCAUAUUUAGGGACAAACUUGCGGACCAACUCCAUCUGCUGUCCAGGGAAAACACUGAGCUGGAGAAAGACAUUGAAAAGCUCAAGGAAGACCUUAAAGAACACAGUUCAGUGCAGGCACUGAACACUCAGAUUAAAAAGGACGUGGCAGAAAUGAAACUGAAGUUCAGCCACAUGGAAGGCACAACCCAUUACUCAGACAUGGACACUCACUGCGUUUUUGGUGCAGCCACCAAGAUCCCCUUCAGCCUGAACCAGAACCAGGCGCUGCUGACUUUUGAAGAUGAAGGAGUUGCCCAGAGGCUGACAAAAAAGGGGAAGCACACUGUGAACCUGGACAACAACGUAGUAGAUGUGAGAGCGGUGCCUGUUCCACUUGAAAUGGGACUCAAAUUUAAGCUCCACGUCAUCAUUUCUGGAAAGAAGAUCAUCGUGUCAGACAUACCUGAGCUGCUCAUUCCUCAUGAAUGGAUGAGAGACAAAUUAGAGCUGAACUUCUACAAAACUCAGCAGGGAGGAGGGGGAGAAAUAGAAGAUGUGAGCUACGACAGUGGGUCUAGAACAGCUGUGAUUACAUUCCUCAGACCUGGAGCCAGCAACAACUUUCAGGGAUCUCCUCCAUACUCUUUCUCUGUAGGUGGAAGGUGCUACAAACUUCCUGUUUCCUCACAUGCCUACCUACAGUUGGAAAAGCUUCAGCCAUACUGGGGGGUUUCCAAGAAGACCAUCCUGCUGGAAGGAAUCCAAGAGGUGGAAGAGGAUGAGGAAGAUAUCCAGGACAUGAUUGAAAUCCACUUCCAAAAGCCGAGUAACGGCGGGGGGGAAAUCGAGCAAAUCAAAUACGUCUCAAAAGAAGCAGCCUGUGUUUGCUUUGAGGAGGAUACUGAGAAUGCCAGCUAGGAAUUCAGAGUGAACUCCUCACAUUCCCAGUUUUUGCUCCAUCAGAGGCAUAGGAACUGUGCUUUUAUGGUUGAAAUUUGUCCUGGUAAAAGAGGAAUUACUGCCCUUCUGAUUUGUGCAAGGGCACAGACUCUGAUGAAAGACAGAGGAAGAGCCUCCAUCAGCACUUGAAACAUCGACUGAGAUUCUAUGCAAAUUGGCAAAUUUUGUGUCUUGUAAAUGUUUAUAUAGUUCACAUACUCCAAAGUGGGAUAAAUAUAUGAUUUCUUACAUUUUGGAUUAUAAACCCACUCUGCAAUCCCAAUCCAAAGCCUGGAGCAGACCUGCCACCAUCUUCCAAAGCUGGCUCUGACACAACUCCAGUCCUGCUGAGGCUGCUGAGUGCCACCAGAUCUCAAAUACCUGAAAGAAGCCCUGUAAUUUCAUAAAAUCCAAUUUAUCCAAUGAGUAAUGGAAUUACAACAGAAAAAAGGGCAGUGCAGAAACAUCAGUUUUACUCAAGGAAUUGCAAAUAAUUAAGAAGAAAUGCCCUGGCAGGAAUGCUGCCUUGAGCUGCUGAGCUUCUACUAAUUCACUUACUUUAAUAAAAGCUUCUGCAAUUAAAUUUUUCCUCAUUUUUGUCCAUGUUUUUUUCUUACUUUAAGCUAUUUACAGGCCAGGAUGAUGCUUUACCUAACCCAGACUGGUUUUGUAACAACACUGGGGAAACAGCCGGAGGGAUCUGGUGACUCCCAGGCUCUGGGAGGGUGUGUGAGGAGGGAACAGGGAAAUGCAGAGUCAGGGAAAGCUUUGUUUUCCAAGGAAAAAUGCUUUUCUGCUGUCAUCCUUGGAA